AUGGCGGCCGAUCCGUUUGCGCACGCGCGGCCCAACUGGACGCACAUCUCGUCCGCAUCCGGGCUCGACUCGGGCCGCGUGCCGCUCGCAUCCACCGCGCCCGUGCUCAAGAUCUACGAAGAGGCGGUGCAGGAGCCGGGCGUCGAGUGCCGCAACAUCGACUCGCUCUACAGCCAGGCGCAGCUCGACGAUUCCGACCGCUACGACGCACGCAUCCUCCGCGAAGAUUUUUGCAGCACCGCCAUCAUCGCCACCACCUGGGCGGGCAUGGACGCGCGCAACCGCAGCCAGGGCGUCGACAUCGACCUCGUCGCGCUCAAAGAUACCUACGCGCGUCUGCGCAACCGCCCCGGCUUUGUGCAGCUGCUCCAGUCUCCUGGAUUCGCCCAGGAUGGACCAUAUACCAAAGUGUUAUCUGCAGAAGCCUUACCUGCGACUGGCGCAGUGGUAGAAGCGGUCAAAGAGACGCCGCAAGAGGCCGCGCCGGCAGCCGACACAUGGGCGCCAGGAGCAGCCACGGAACGAUUCGAUCGAAAGCGCAACAAGAAGCUCGCCAAGCAGGCCAAGAAGGACGCUGCCAUCGAAGCGGCACGUGCAGCACGUGCAGCCUCGCAGCCCCCAGCGUCAGGGUCUGCUGCGGCGGAUGGUCCAAAGAUGAAGCUACUCCACAGCGACGUGCUGGAUCUUCCCGUCGCCCCCGUCGCGGCCGACAGCCAAGACUCUGCCUUGGAGGCACCGGACGUGAUCGCGUCGCUCAACUAUGCCAUGGCGUACUUUCACGAUCGUGCCACGCUGCUGCGCUACCUGCGCAUGGCGCGCGCCACCUUGCGUGCCAAGACGGGCGUCUUCAUCACCGACAUGUUCGGCGGGCCCAGCACGGGCGAGUCGUAUCCGGACCAAGACGCCACCUGGGCGCGCUUCCAAGGCGAGGUCGGCUUCGGCAGGGAUGGCGGUGAUGCGCGUGGGCAGUAUGUGCUUCGCGCUGACCGGUCGAGGGCCGGCUUGCGCAAUGACGCCAGCACGCACGCCGGGCUAGCAGCCAUCGAUGGACGUGGUGCGAACCGUGCGCGUCCCGCCCGGGACAACGAUGCGGACGACGAAGAGGCCGACCGUGUACUCGAGCUCAUGCCCGCACCGGAAGCAUCAGCAGUGGGUACGAGGGCCGAGUGGCCGCGCGGCAAGCUGAAGCUCGUGCGCACAGGCGAGGAGCACGGCGGCUUCGAGUACUGGCGCGAAGACGGGCCGGUGGACUGGAUGACGAACCGCUUCCGCAUGAGUCUGAGCUUCCGCUUCUCGGACGCCAGCUGGCUGCGCGAUGUCUUUUGGUACGACUUUCGCGUGUGGAGCAUCAAGGAGCUCACCGAGGCCAUGGAGGAGGCCGGCUUCGUCCGCGUCCAGGUGCACAUCCUCCCGCGCAACAUUGUCGAUUCCGACCGAGGCGAUGCCAUCGAUGACCGCGACAGCGAUGCAGGAAGUGAAGCAGAGGACGAAGCGGACAGCAUGGCCGGUCUCCUGCUGAGGACCGAAAAGGAAGAGCGCAAUAAGAGCUCGUAUACGGCGGUGAAAGCGGGGGAGAAGGUGUUUGCCAACCGUAGCUUUGCAACAUACAUUGUGGCAUGUGCACCAUAG